AUGGACGGCGACGGCGACGGCGACUGGGGCGCGUUCGGCGAGGCCGCGGCGGAGCCGGCGGCGGACGACGCGCGCGAGACGGGGACGACGACGUUCGAGAACGACGACGCGCCCGCGCCCGCGCCUCGGAGGGGCGACGACGACGACGACGACUUCGGCGACUUCGGCGACUUCGGCGACUUCGGCGCCGCCCCGCCGGUCGCGACGACGGCGACGGACGAGGAAGGACGACGCGACGCCGACGAGGACGGCGGCUUCGCCGCGUUCGCGUUCGACGCCGCGCCGCCGCGCGCGACCGAGGCGUCGACGGUCGCGACGAAAGACGACGACGACUCCGACGGCUUCGGCGAGUUCGAGGCCGUGGACGAGCCGUCCGUGAUCGUGCACGAGGGAAACAACACGUUCGACGACGACGACGACGACGAGGAGGUGGACGCGGCGGACGCGUCGCGCGUCGAGGACGACUCGCUCGCGCCGGACGACGACGACGACGACGCCUCGGGGUCGGACGCGUUCGGAGAUUUCGGGGACGCGCCUCCGCCUCUCUCUCCGCCUCCGCCGCCGCCGCAUCAGGAUCCCUCGCCGCCGCCGCAUCAGGAUCCUCCCGCGGACGCCGACUUCACGGACUUCGGCGACUUCGACGAGGCGCCGCCUCCGACGCCGUCGCCGCCUCCGCCGCCGCCGGUGGACGAAUUGAGGACGCGCGCGAUGGACCUCUCGCGCGCGACGGGCGACGCUUUCGCCGCCGCCGCCGCCGCCGCGCUCGCCCGCGCGUUCGCGUCCGGCGACGCGUCGUCGUCGUCGUCGUCGUCGUCGUCAUCUGCGCGCGCGAACGACGCGGCGACGGCGGCGUCGGCGUCGUCGUACGACGACGCGUGCGCGCGAUUGCACGCGGCGGCGGUCGCCGCGCGGGCGCGCGCCGGCGCCGGCGACGGCGCGGCGCGACUGAUGCGCGAGUGCGCGCGAGGGUGGGCGCCGGCGUCGGGUUGGGCGCCGCGGAGGACGCGCGGGGUGGGAUCCGGCGUCGGCGCGAGGGCGUGGGACGCGUCGCGCGCGAGGGAGGAGUUGAUCGCGCUGGUGGUACCGAGUCGCGAGGAGGAGGAGGAGGAGGAGGAGGAGGAGACGGCGAGGACGCCGGGGAAGGAGGCCGCGGGCGCGCCUCCGUCGCGAGCGGCGGAGACCGUCGAGGUCGAGGAAGUGCCUCUCGCGGCGGAGACCGUCGAGGUCAAGGAAGUGCCUCUCGCGGCGGCGCCGCCGCCGGCCGUCGAGGAGCCGGAGCUGGAGCCGGUCGCGGACGCGCCGGCGCGAGACUCGCCCGCGAGCAUGUUUGGCGGGAUGGACGUGUUCGACCGCGGCGAACAGGACGCGAACGACUGCGGCGGCGGCGGCGAGGACGAGGACGAGGACGAGGACGAUUUCUCGGCGUUCGCCGACGCGGAGACGGGUGAAGUCGCGGAGGAACCGCCGGCGAUCGCUCAGGAGUGGAUUCUGCCGCCCGCCGUCGAGGAAGAGAUCGCGGUUGAGGAGAUUCCGGCGGCGGUCGAGGUAGAGGCGGCGGUCGACGAGCCGCCGCCGCCGCCGCCGCCGCCGCCGCCGCCGCCUCCUCCUCCUCCGGUCGAGGAAGCGGCUCAUCCUGAACCUCCGACGGUCUCGGAAACGCCGGUGGUCGAUGACUUCUCCGCGUUUGAGGAGGCUCCUUCGUUGGAACAGGCGGCGACGGCGGACGAAGACCCGACGCCGCCCGCGGUCGAGGAGUGGACGCCCCCGGAGCCGCCGCCGGCGUUUGAAGCGCCGCCGGCGUUUGAAGCGCCGUCUUCGCCUUCGCCUUCGCCUUCGCCCCCGCCGGUCGAGGAAUGGUCGGCACACGUACCGUCGGGGUUCGACUACGCCGGCGCCUUCGAGGCGGCGCCGGUGGUCGAAGCGGCGCAGGUUGUAGAAGCGGCGCCGGUCGUCGAGGAAACGCUCGAGGUGGAAGAGACGCCGCCGGAAGAGACGGCGCCGCCGCCAGCGGUGGAAGAGGCGCCGUCGGCGGCGUUGGAAGAGGCGCCCCAAGCGGUGGAAGCUCCGCCGCCGCCUCCGCCGCCGCCGCCGCCCGCGCCGGCGGUCGACGCCGCGGAGGCGUACCCGUCGUCGUCCGCCACCGCGUUUUCGCCGUAUCUCAUCGGCGAGUUCGCGUUCGAUUCCAUCCCGGAGCCGGCAGCCCCCGCGCCGCCGCCGGUCGCGAGGCCUCCGCCCGCGGCGGAGCCAGAGCUCGCGCCGUCGGUGUUCGCGUCCGCGGCGGCGACGACGGGAUUCGACUACGCCGGCGAUUUCACCGGGUUGGGGGCUUUGCCGGAGGCGGUCGCGAAGCCGCACCCCCCGCCGCCGCCGACGGCGGCGGCGGCGGCGACGGCGGCGACGUACGCGCCGGUGGCAGAGCCGCCGCCGCCGCCGCCGCCGCGGCCGCCGCCGGUAGAGAACAGAGACGCGUUCGAUGACCUGUUCGGUCCGGUGUCGAACGCGCCGUUAGCUUUCGAGUAUUCCGCCGGGUGGGGGAGAGACGCGGUCGCCCCCGAGCCGGUCGCCGCGGCGCCGCUGAAAACGGAAGCGCCGACGGAAGAACCCGCGAUGGAACCCGAGGAGGCGUGGGGUGCGCCUCUUCCGACGAUCGCAAACGACGAGGCGAUCGACGUCGGCGCGUUCGCGGCGGUCGAAGCGCCGCGCGAGGACGCGGAGCCGACCCCGACGCCGCCGGUCGUCGAGGAGGAAGAGGACGAGGACGACUUUGGCGCGUUCGCGGCGGUGGCGGCGGCGCCGCCGCCGCCGCCGGACGAAUUCGGGGACAUGUUCGGCCCGCCUUCGACUAACGCGGCGAUGCGCGCGCACGCGAAUCCCAUCGUCGUCGCCCCCGCGCUCACCGCGCCGACGACGGCGUCGUCGUCGACGGCGUCGACGGACGACGCCUUCGGGUUCGCGACGUCCGCGCCCGAGGCGCCUCCUCCCGAGGUGCCUCCUCCCGCGGCGGUCGGGCUCGACGACAGCUUCUCAGAUUUGUUCGGCGCGCCGAUGGUGAACACGCCUCUGGAAACGCCCGUGGAGAUUGCGUUCGCGCCGCCGCCACCGCCACCGGUCGUCGAGACCGCGCCGCCGCCGCCUUCGGACUCGUUCAGCAGCUUUGACGUCGCGACGCCGACGGGGGACGGGGAGGAGGAGGACGACGAGUUUGGCGAUUUCGACGCCGCUCCGGUCACGCCCGCGCCUCCUCCGCCGCCCCUGCUCCAUCCCAUCGGCGGCUGCGCGGGUGCGAACGACUUCGACAUGUUCAGCGGCAUGAAGAUGAAGACGCCGCCGGACUGGUCGAAGACGGCGGCGGCGACGGCGCCCGCGCCCGCGUCCGCGUCCGCGCCCGCGCCCGUCGUCGAGGAAGAGGAGGACGAUUUCGGAGAUUUCGCGCCCGCGCCCGCGUCGAUCGUCGCGCCGCCGGUCGUCGCCCCCGCGCCUCCGGUGAGACGAGAGGUGCCGCUCGACGCGUUCGGUUUCGGAGGCGCGGCGAUGGGCGCUCCGACGACGACGGGGCUCGCGGGCGGCGGCGGGUUUGAUUUCGGCGGCGGCGGCGGCGGCGGCGGCGGGUUUGAUUUCGGCGGCGGCGGCGGCGGCGGCGGCGACUUUGGAGGUUUCGUCGCCCCGACGCUGCCGGUGAUGGGGUACGCGCAGCAGAUAUUGGCGUCGAUGCCACCGCCGCCACCGCAGAAGACGAACACGAAGGACGCGUUCGCGGAUUUGGGCGCGUUUAAUAAAUAG